AUGUUACUACCCGUUGAAGGAAGAAACACAAAGAGCAUCACUAUAGUGACCACAGAGUCAACAACAACGAAAAGGACAACACAGUCAACAUCAGCUGAAUCAACAACCGUAUCAACAACAACCAAUGAAGCUACAACAUCACAAAGCACUACAUCACCAAUACCAACAAUUACAGAAAGCACCACACUGCCAACAACCUCAGAAUCAUUAACGACAGAUGUCAUAACACCAACAACAUCUACUCCUACGUCUCAAGGAAACACAGAGAACACAGCUAUAGUGACCACAGAAUCAACAAUAAUGAAAAGGACAACACAGUCAACAACAGCUGAAUCAACUACUGUAUCAACAGCAACCAGUGAAGCAACAACGUCACGAAGCAAUAUAUCACCAAUACCAACAAUAACGGAAAGCAUCACACUGCCAACAACCUCAGAAUCAACAACGACAGAGGUCAUAACACCAACAACAUCUACUCCUACGUCUCAAGAUAUAAUUGGAAGACAUGCAGUGAAGAAGAUCUAA